UAGCUUCUGAUUGUACUUUGUACAUUUGACCUUAUUGGGCGCUUUUUCGGUCUGCUGGCCUAAUGGUUUACGAUCAGGAUGGUCCGGUCUUUUCAUGGGCGAUUCGCUGUGAUUGAUGGAAACCUCUCGGAAAACUUAUCUUUAUCGUCGUCGUUGCUAUCUUUGAUGGGUGCACAACAUUGGAUAACAUUCAUUGCAAUCCCCUCCUUUGUUUUGAAUAAUGCCUUGACGUUUCUGGAUCCAUGAGACUUCUUUGGAUAGCAUCAGAGCAACUCCCUGAGUGUGCGGGAAACUUUAUUCUUCGUGACCAGAGUACAGUAGCAUCUCUCCCGAAUCUAUCCUUUUCUGUCCAGCUUGGGUCUAAUGGGUUUCACUGAUUCCAAGAAUCACCAAGUUGUAUCUCCUCAUUUCUGUAACUAUUUGGCUGAUCCUCCAGGUCUUCAACAUUGUCCGGACGUUCCAUGUACCUAUAUUAAUUGUUGUCCCAUUUGUUAGAGAGGGCAUCGGCCCCAUGGCUUCCGAAAAAUUUCCGCUUUUACUAUGAGGCGUCGUAAUUCUUUUGAAUGAAAGUCCUUCAACUCCGAGGACAGAGUUUAAGUGGUUUAGAUUUUUUAUUCUGGUUAGCAUUUUUUUAUCAGGCUUAUUUUCUGCGGGAUGAGGUUUCUGAUCCUAUGCCCAACAAUUCUCCUUUGUGUGGGCUUGAGACCGGCAGUAACUCUAGAAGUGCUACAAGCGGCGUUAAGCAUAUUGAUACUUGUUUGUCAAGUGGUUUAUCUUAUAAUCACAUUCAUUGUAUGAAAAUCAGCAAAAGUAUUCCUGUAGUUUUUCAUCUACCCAAGGAAAUAGCGUUUUUUGCCACAAAUAAAGGAAGUGUUAGUUACUCGUUUCCGAUAUCACUUAAUUCCUUCUUAGGGUUAUAAUUUUCUCCAUAUCUCUUUUAUGCCCCUGCUGCCAUCUUUUAUACUGGCUUUAACUGUUCUAUAUGGCUAUAAUUGCAAUCCGACGUUGUUGUAGCUUAUCGGUCUGGACAUAAAACUGGUGAGUUAUAACUGUACAUAACUUACUGAAUUUUCAAUAAAAAAGUAGAAAUCACCACUUACUGUUGCAUUAGCGCGGAUCAUAUUUCGGUGUAUGAACUCACUCUACUGACUUUCCAUUUUAGCGCAUCUUCAUCUUUUGUUUUCUCUCUGUGUGCUGUAGUAUUUGUAAAAUGUAGUAAUCAGUAGCAGUACACUGUAGUCCCAAGCUUUAUGUUUUGUGUUCGUUAAUAAUAAAAUACUUCCAAAUUUAUGUUGAAUUUUAAACUUGUUUGUUAAAUGUUUUUCUUUUAGUCAUACAUUACACUUGUGAAUCAAUAAAGAUGUUUGAUACACUUGCGUCUUAAGUGUAUCUGCUGAACUUAUCUAAUGAGUAAAUAUGUAUGGAUUUUUUUUACUACUUAUGUUUUUCAAAGCUAUAUCCAAUUUUGGUUUCUCGUAAUGACAUAGUCAAGAAUAAUUGUAUUUCCGAUUGCUUUUAGACGCCAUCUAUUGAUUCUAACAUCACUCAGAGUCUCUCCACUUUUGAACAACCUACAGACCGAGCAAACAGUUCAGGUGUUUCAAGUUUGUGGCAAGAAGUGGUUGCUCGUCUCGAAGCUUCGGUCGAACAAGAUAUAUGCUCAGAUGAUCCAUUAUUAGUAAUAAAAUCUAUUCGGAUUCUUCGUCAAUUCGUUGUGGCUAGUGUAAUGAACAAGCUGGUUGUUGGAAAUAGCUCUGUUCUUCGUCCUCGGUUGCUCAAUUCACUUGGUCGUUUAAAUCAAUGGUCUGCCACACAUAUCAAUGUAUGUAUUGACUUAUUUGGCUUGGUCAACAGUCUAGUUCGAGAUUGUUCUUCAUUGUCAGAGGAUAUUCUUAAUCACCCGGAACUUUUGACUAAUUUCAUGAAUUUAAUUUUAAGUGAGAAAACAGAUCCGAUGGUUCGUGAAGCAGAUUUAUUAUUCCUGCGUAGUCUUUUCAGAGCUGGAGACUUGGGUUCAGUAGUUGUACAAUCACCUCGAGAAAAAAUUGCUAUCGAACUUUUCACAGAAGCGACAUUACAAGUAUUGAUCAAUUCACUUUUAUUCAGUUUUCCCGAUACAAUUUCGGAGUGCACCACCACCAACAAUAGCAACAAUUCGGUCUUAUCAUCCAAUCAAUCUGCCCUUGUAUUAACAGCAAACGCUAGAUGCUCACUUAUAGAAAUUUUAUCCGUAUUAUCUACAAGCUGUGAACUAGCUGAACGUCUUCAUCGAUGCGGUGCAUUGAAUUUGUGCCAUCAAAUCAUUAUGUUCAUUUCAUGUAGGCAUCGCCUCUGGUCAGGUGAUCAACCCAAAUCAAACUCAAUGGAUCGAGGAAAAACUCUAUGCAAUCGUAUUGGUUGUAAUCGUACUAUUAGUCCAAGUAACCAACUGGCUGCUAGAUUUUCACUGAAAUUGAUGUUACAUCUAUUUUUCCAUUUACCAAAUGCAUUAGAUUCAUUUAAAAAAGUUUACAAUGAAGAAGAACCGAUUAAAUUAGUUGCCUGUUAUAGUCAUUUAACAGGAACUAUGCCUCCAGUAUUACCUAAUGUUUGCUAUUCAACACCGCGUUAUCAACGUACCAAGCGAGUUCUUAGUGGUAAUAUCCCAUCAACUUAUUCUACUAAUAAUACUCCUAUCAACCAUGAUACCUCAUCAGGUACAUCUACUGUCAUUUUUACAUGUCCCAAUGAAUCUAAUCUUAAAGAUGCAUCUCGAAAAUUUCAUCAGAACUCUGUUGAUUCAACUGCAUCGACUGACAGACAAUCAGGAUCAUCAUGUCCUGUUGAUAGUCGUAUAACUAUUUCAACGUGUUCUUGUGUACCAUUAGACCAUGGGACGUUUGCUCUCACUGGUCUACUUCGUGGUUUAAUUUAUUGGCGUUUAGCUAAUCAGUAUGCUAAUUCACAGACAGUUGAGGCGAUAGAUCAAUUCGGAACUCAUGUAAUCACUUCUGCUGGUCUAGGAAUUACUGGGGAUGAUAUUGCUUUAUUAAUCAUUCAGCCACUUACAGAAAGUUGUCUUCAUUUAGAAGCAACACGUAUAAUGACAUGGGUAUGCCAUGUUCUAGUUCUUGUUUUGGAUAAAAGUCCAGAAUUGCAUAUGUGGACUGUAUAUACUAAUUCGUUUGUACGUGAAGUAGACUAUCGUGUUACAUCUUUAUUAAAAGCUGUUCAAGAAGCAUCUGAUACUAUCUGCUUCACUAUUCAAAGAGAGAAAGGCCUACAUCAAAAAAUUCUGCAAAGUCAUACACAGUUUUUGGAGCAUUUAAUUCCAUUGGUUAAAUUAUUUUCUUGUCUGGCAUCUGGGCAUGAAUCCACUCGAAUACUUGUUGGUGAACUAACGAUGUGCAAAAAACUUAUAGACUUUGCGAUGCGUUUAAAGUCAUUGGGUAGUGAAAAUGCAAAUCUCGUAUUGCAAUUUCAGCAUUCUAUUGUUGUCCUAUUACAUGUACUAUCUCGAUCAUUCAGUUUACAUCAUACACUUUUUAAAAAUCAAACAAUUGGACGAUAUUUACUAAAAAUAAUUGAUGAUAAUUUGCCGAAUACAAUUAAAGGUUCUUAUCUAAGUGCGAAACUAGUCGAAGCAGCUUCAUCUACCUUAAUCAACCAAGUACUCCCAAUGUGUCCGUUGAAAGAAACUUUAAUUGAUGAUUUUAUCAGUGUUUUCAUCCGUUUACUGACAAUUGGAAAUGUACAGUCAUCAUCUUCUCUGCUAAUAACUAAAGUUGAAUCAAACAGUCAAUCAAUCAAUACAUACGAUGCUGAUAGUUUUAAUAAUAAUAUUAAUGACAGUAGUAAUAAUCCUAGUACUAAUGAUAACUUAUCUCGUCCUUCAAUAACAAAAUCUAACUUAAAUAGUCCAGCAACAACAAUGACAAAUCAUCAGUUUCAUGAUAUUAUACCAGUAUUACAUUUGAAUGGAAUAUGGGGAUUAAGUAAUUUAUUACAUACCGCUAAUUCAAGUGUUUGUAUAAAUCUCUUUCAUGAAUUAGUUAAUAAAGGUGUAUGGUUAGAAUUACUACAGUUGGCGUCAUCGAUACCAAAUAAUGAAUUUAAUUUUUCGUUUCCUAUGAAAAAUGAAUGGGAAGGUAAUAUGAAAAUAACUAAUUUCGAUAUGAAUUCAGGAAAUAGAGUUCCUGUAAUACCAGGAAUUAUGGUAUCACAUCAAAGUACUGAAAUUAAAUAUAUUGGUGAAUUUAAUCAAAGCAAUGAAAAAAUCAAUGAUGAACAUUCGAAACAAAAAUACCAAACAAAUUUAAAUUUAUUAAAUCGUUCCAAUACUACUCAUCAUUAUAAUCAGCAUCAAUUAUUUUUGUCGAAUAAUACACAAUCUAAAUUUAAGUUUUCUAAAAAUAGUGCACAAAUUCAUAUUUUAAUUGUUUAUCAGACAUUGAGCUUUUUACGUAAUCUGCUUCGUGAUGAACAAUUCAUAGACACUAUAGUGAGUGAGCAUUGGUGGAAUAUCACUCAAUUUAUAAUUGCUGUAUUGGAGUCGAACUAUCCUCAGCCCGUCAAAGAACAGGCUGUACUUGUGAUCGCACAUAUUGCCACUGGUCGAACUGCACGAUGCGAAGUUCAUAGAAAUGGAGAUUUAGUUGAAAAACUCACAUUAUUUAUGCGUUCACAAAAUAGUUACACAAAAGCUGCUGCAUUGACUGCAACUUAUAAUCUUUUAGGCUUACAAACUGAAUGUCUCGAUUCUUGUGGAUUAUUGAGCGCAUUUAAGGUGAAACAUAAACCAUAUAUUUUAUCGCAUAGUAGACGUUUAAGAGUUCAACAUCAUCGUCAUGAAACUCAUCAUCAUCACCAUCAUCAUGGAAAAAAACAAGAUCUAGGCAAUCAAUCAACAUCUUUAGUAUCUUGUAGUAUAAAUCGUCGUGAAACAUCAACAUGUAUGGCUCAAAAUGCUUUAGAAGAAGAAGUUGAGGAAGAAGAACAACAACAGCAAGAAAAUGAAAAUCAAGACAUAAUUGUAGAAGCCAGUGAUGAUUUUAUCAGUGAAAAUACAUCAUCUGAACAAACUUCUAUUAUACCUCAAACUUCUGAUACUGCUAUAUCUUUCAAUAUUGAUGAAAAUGAUGAUAAUGACAACACUGAUCAAUCUAGAUUACGUACACUUCGAAGACGAAGAUAUUAUCGAUCAUGGCAAGCAACUUCACCUUCCAUGUCAGAUAAUCACGAACUAUUAGAAAUAAAUGAGCAAGAAAGACAACUUAAUGAACCAUCCACUGAAAUUACUCGAUCACCAUCUUCACAUUCAAGAUCAUCGUCAUCAUCGUCAUCUGGUACCUCUUCGACCUCAUCAUGUGUAGGUGAAACCAGUGUUGGUACUGAAUUGACAAAUUUACAUCAAUCAGUUAUAGUUGAUAUGUGUAGUAUGUCAUCGCCUAGUUGUACUGAUGAAGAUGUGGAAGAUAUAAAUCAACACGCUGUUACACUAAGUUCUCUAUCACCUACAUUAACGAUAAGUGAUCGAGCUCCAUUAGCUGACGAAGAACAUGACGAAGAUCGUGGUACUACAGCGGAAAUGCAACAUUCAGGUAUGACAGAUUCAGAUUUGCUUAGUCCAUUAUCUUCAUCUAGUCAAAAAUGUGAAAUAGGUUCAAAUCCAGAUGAUGUUUCAAGUACAGAAUGUCUUGAUCUGAAUAGUUCAGAACAAAUUAACAACAAUACAACACAGAAUAUUUUUAAUAAUAAUACGGACAAUAGCAAUAAUAAAAACGAUGAUAAUAAUGCUAAUAAUGGAAAUCUCCCAUCUACUUCUCAUCACCUUUCUCACUCUACCAUUUCAACGUCAAAUUCUCGUCGAGAUUGGGAAACCGGAUUUUGUCAAAUUUUAUUACCUUUCUUACAAGAAUUAGAUUCAGAUCAGAUAUUACGUAGUACAUGGGAUUGGUUAAUGUUAUGCGCUAAUAAAGAUGGUAAACCCGUAUUUUUGAAUAGUUUAUUUCAUGCAUGGCAACGAUUAUAUACAAAUAUACCAAAUUUAACUACAAUACAAACGCUACAACCUGAAAUAGCUCAGUCUUCAUCUGUCAGUAAUGAUAAUAACAAUAAUAUUACUGUAAGUGAAUUUCUAAGUAAAAUUAAAGAAUCAAUGGAAACAGGCACGUCACCUAACUCAUUAUUGAUUAAUUUGCCACGAUAUUGGGAAAAUCGACAUCGCCACCGAUGUCGACGUCAACACCGCCACCACUGUCACCAUCGUCACCGUCAUCGUGUACGUCGACAAAAUCAACAACACUCUACUACUACCACAGAUCGACCGGAAUCAAUUAAUACAGUUGACACAAAUUCACCAGUGCCUCCAUCAACAUCAAAUGAAAACCUUGAACAAACAGGUUAAAUAUUUCGGAAAUUUUCUUUUCUUUGGGAGAGUUAUGUUUUUGUUUCACAUUGGAAUGUUUGUUUUGUUUGAGUUUUUUCAGGUAUUUUUUCGAUUGUUUAUUUGGUUUUCAUUUUACAUUUCGCCUCAAUAAGUGUGGGUAUGUGCGUGCGUGUGUUUAAUUGUAUUCAGAUACAUUGAGAAUAAUACGCACAAUCAUACUUUCGUAUGUUUUGCACUAUUUCAUGACACUGUACACACUUUUGAGUUUUAUUGUUUGUUUUUUUAAGAAUAAAACCAGUAAACCGGCAACAGAAAUAACCAUAUUUCAAUGUUUUUCUUGUGUCUUUCUAAAUAAACUCACAUUAUGAUCAUUAUUUAUAUUAUGAUAAUGUUUAUGUGCAUUGUCCCUUCUUCUAAUUAUUACUUAUCUGAUGCACAUGAAAUUUUGUUUAUCACUCUUAUCAUCUCAUGAAUAUCAUCAAAUCGUCAUCAUCAUCAUUCCUAUUAAAUUACCCUUGAUUGAUUAACUUCUUGUUAUUGAAAAACACGUAAACAAACAAGUAAAAGCAAGCAAAUGAUCAAAUCAAAUUCUUUUAUUCGCUAUAAUGAUAACGAUAUUAAUUAUUUUUCAAGAUGUAUGAAGUAUGCAGAUUUCGGUUUUUUUUAAGAGAAUGUUUUUAUGUUCGGGAAAAAAGCCUAUUAUCUUUAAUUUUUCUGUCUUGAUUACAUAGAUAUUGUCAUUAUGUUUUUGCUAUCCAUUUAUAAUUAUUAUUAUCACCGUUGCUAAGACCCUAAAAUGUGUCAUAUCCGCAACUCUUUCAUAUUUCCCUUCCAUCUCACCCUUCCUUUCCUAUUUCGUCCGUAUGUAUGCAAAGCAUAUACAGACAGGAAAGGUGCAUUGUUUGUAAUUUGACUUACAUUUUCUUAAAAGAACACAAACAUUGGAAUGUAUUAUUGUGUAAAGUACAUUUCAAAGAAAUUCAAAUUAUUGUUAUCAUUUUUUGUGAUUUACUAGCGUCAUUACGGUUACUAGAUGAAUCGUAUACAUAAUGGAGUGAUUUUACAAACAAAAAAAACAAAAUCUUAUUACUAUUAACUCAUUAUUCCAUUUUGUAUAUUUCAUAUUUAAUGAUUGAAAAUAUGGUAUAUAUACAGUGAUUUGUUUUAGCCUACUAUUCCCCUUGUUUUGUUUGCUUCCCACCCACCCCCACACCCCAAUUAUUAAUUCGUUUACUGUCAAGUUAAUUCAAAAAUUAUUAUCCAUUAAACUAUCAAGAAGUGAAUAAAAAAGUAAAGACCAAUACACAAUGACAUUAUGUAUGUAACAUGAUUAAUUCAAAAUGUUGUCAGAUUGUAAUCAUUUUAACUUGACAAUUAUUUUAAAUUGAAACUCAUUAUCCAACUAAGUUCAUUUCAAACAGACAUGAAUAAUUCAAAUGACUAGUUAAAAGUUUAUGUGAUAAAAAUUUCUAUGAAAAUAAUAAUAAUAAUAAUAAUAGAUGCAUUUUAUUCAUACUAGUUUCCUUUUCUUUUGUAGUUAAUAAAUUUUUGUGUGAUCACUUGUUCGUUUUGUUUUUUUGUUGUUGUUGUUUUGUUACUUAUUUAUGUUAGGUUUUAUAGGUUAUAUAUGUGUGUAACCUAUAAGUGUAUCUAAAUAACAUUUAGCUAAUUAAAAAAACAAAACAAUCAUUAUACUGUGCCUGAAUUCUUGUAAAUAAUCUUAACAAUCAGGUGAAUUUUUCAGCUUGUAAAAUGUAUUGUGUAACCAACCGGGUUGCAUUAAUUUUUCACAAUGUUUUGUUUUGGAGAAAAUAUUACUGUUUAUUGAACAAGCUGUAUUAUUGUUGCAGGUAUAUGAGAGUUAUUUUACAGUUUCCUAACAAAUGUUGACUGAGACAUUAUUAUUAUUGUGAAAUGGGAUUAUUUGAGCUUGAUUAGGUAAUGUUUCUGAUCCCCCUCUUCCAUAAAUUUUAGUGAUUGUAUUUCAGUCAUCUAGGAAGAUGAAAUUCUCACCAGAAUAAUAGCUUGUAUAUUUUCCAAAA